GGUUUAAUUUUAGCUUUAUAUAUAAUUUUCCUGGAAUUUUCAUGUAACGUUGCGCUACUUGUCACGUAACCAAAAGAUGGGCGUGUUUUGAAUUUACUUCCGGAAACAUGGAGGCUGUUGUGAGUGAUGUAGUUGCUCCCGAGGAUCUUUUAAAAUUUGAGAAGAAAUACAACAACGAGCUGGUGAAAGGAGCAGUGUCUAAGGAGACGAAGUUUGAGUACGCGUGGUGCCUGAUCAGAAGCAAAUACACGGACGACAUCAAAAAGGGGACCGUGCUCUUGGAGGAGCUCGUUCAGAAAUCUUCCAAGGACGAUUCUAGGGACUUCCUUUACCUUGCAGUGGCCAACUACAGACUCAAAGAAUAUGAACGCGCGUUGAAAUAUAUCCGGACCCUUCUGCGAAAUGAGCCUGGAAAUAAGCAGGCUCUUGAUCUGGAAAAACUCAUUGAUAAAGCUUUAAAGAAAGAUGGGCUGGUAGGAAUGGCGAUUGUCGGUGGGAUUGGACUGGGCGUGGCCGGGCUGGCAGGCCUCAUCGGGCCAGUGUCAAAAGGAGCCGCCAAAUCGUAACAUGGAGCUUUGGUUGAAGUGUUUAAUUUUUGCUGGACUGACACAGUGACUGGCCUAUUCUGCUGCUUAUAAAAUAAUUCCCUGAAGAGAAAGUUUGUGUGGUUUGCUUGUACUGCAACCUAAUGAUGCCAGUGAACAUACUAUGGUGGGGCCAGGAUGUCUAUAAUUGACUUAUAUUACAAGUUACUUUAAUAAUUUUGCACUUAUUAUUUGUGUACAUAAGAAGAGAUGGCACAGACAAGUUUGCAUGCACCGUAAACAUUUAGCCUGUUGAUAUAGAGGUGGUAUUAGAAUGUGAUGUUUGCAAAGUCAUAGUAAGUGCUAUGGGGAGUAUAAAUACAUAAUCUUGAAUGUUUAAUUUUUGGAAUUACUCUUAAAUUAAUAGUUAUUCUGUGUACUUUCUGUGUUCCUUCUAAUUUAGUUCAUGUUUAUUUACAUUAAUCAAUAAAUCUGCUGUGCCAUAAGUUAA